AUGUCAGUUACAUUACCAAAAUUCCUUACGAGAACAGCUCUUAAAGCUUCUCUAUCGAGAAACCUAUUAAGGCUCUCUUCUAUAGCUUCCAGAAGUUUUUCUCAAACUGCAAGUCCCUACGCAGCAGCUUUUGAUCGUUCUAAACCACAUGUAAAUAUAGGUACGAUUGGCCAUGUUGAUCACGGGAAGACAACGUUGACUGCUGCCAUCACCAAGACUUUGGCUGCAAAAGGUGGUGCCAACUUCCUAGAUUAUGCUGCUAUCGACAAGGCACCUGAAGAAAGAGCCCGUGGUAUUACCAUUUCCACCGCUCAUGUGGAAUAUGAAACCGCUAAAAGACAUUAUUCUCAUGUUGACUGUCCAGGUCACGCAGAUUACAUCAAGAAUAUGAUUACAGGUGCCGCCCAAAUGGACGGUGCCAUUAUUGUUGUGGCUGCUACUGAUGGCCAAAUGCCUCAAACUAGAGAACAUUUGCUAUUAGCCAGACAGGUCGGUGUCCAACAUAUAGUCGUUUUCGUCAAUAAGGUGGAUACUAUCGAUGACCCAGAAAUGUUAGAAUUGGUGGAGAUGGAAAUGAGAGAACUAUUGAACGAAUACGGGUUCGACGGUGACAAUGCUCCAAUUAUCAUGGGUUCUGCUCUUUGUGCUUUGGAAGGUCGUCAACCUGAAAUUGGUGAACAGGCCAUCAUGAAGCUUUUGGAUGCCGUGGACGAGUAUAUUCCUACACCAGAAAGAGAUUUGAACAAGCCUUUCUUGAUGCCUGUUGAAGAUAUCUUCUCCAUCUCCGGUAGAGGUACCGUUGUCACUGGUCGUGUGGAAAGAGGUAAUUUGAAGAAGGGUGAAGAACUAGAAAUUGUCGGCCACAACACCACUCCCUUGAAGGCUAUUGUUACCGGUAUUGAAAUGUUUAGAAAGGAAUUAGACUCUGCCAUGGCGGGUGAUAACGCAGGUGUUUUACUAAGAGGUAUCAGAAGAGAUCAAUUAAAGAGAGGUAUGGUCUUGGCCAAACCGGGUACUGUUAAGGCCCAUACCAAGAUUCUAGCCUCAUUAUAUAUUCUAUCUAAGGAAGAAGGUGGCAGACACUCUGGAUUUGGUGAAAACUACAGGCCGCAAAUGUUUAUCAGAACUGCCGAUGUUACAGUUGUGAUGAGAUUCCCCAACGAAGUGGAAGACCAUUCGAUGCAAGUGAUGCCAGGUGACAACGUCGAAAUGGAAUGUGAUUUGAUUCACCCAACCCCAUUAGAAGUUGGUCAACGUUUCAACAUCAGAGAAGGUGGUAGAACUGUUGGUACCGGUCUAAUAACACGUAUCAUCGAAUAA